GGGGCCCUGCCCAGCCCAGGGGGCCAGGUGCAGGCUGGAGGAAAGGCUCCGCGCAGGAGGCAGCAGCGACCCAGCCUCCUGCAGGGCAGCAGCUGGCUCCUCCUGGCGGAGCGGCGAAACCCCCUCCGCCUCCUGCCCGCUGCUGCGCUGCUUGUCCCAGCUGAUCCCGGCAGCCGGGCUGGCUGCAGCGCUACUGAGGCGGGUUAUUUGCCCCCCCGCCAGAGUGUCGGCUACAAACAGCAGGUGCAAGAGGACGCUGCAUGCAGCCAUCUGCAGCCCCAGAUAAGUCUGCAAGCAACUGCCAGCAACUUCCCCGGCAGCGGCUCCGGGAAGGACACAAGUAGAUCCCCUGGAAAGGAGAUCACAGAUCCAAGUGAUGAGGAUGAGAAGAAACCCAACAAAUCCCAGCAGCUGAAAAAAGUUUUUAAAGAAUACGGUGCUGUAGGGGUUUCAUUCCACAUUGGAAUUUCAUUAAUGUCUUUGGGAAUAUUCUACUUGGCUGUUUCAAGUGGCGUGGACAUGACUGCAGUUCUCUUAAAGCUUGGAUUCAGUGAAGCAUUGGUGCAAUCCAAAAUGGCUGCUGGUACAAGCACAUUUGUGUUGGCUUAUGCUAUUCACAAAGUGUUUGCUCCGGUCCGAAUCAGCAUUACUUUAGUUUCUGUGCCAUUCCUUGUCCGAUAUUUACGUAAGAUUGGUAUCUUCAAACCUCCUGCUUCAAGCCCAUGAAAAAUCCUCUAUUUUAAAAAGUCAUAUAGCUUUUAAAAGUGCUGUGCAACAGCAGUUACCCUGUUUGGACUCAUGUCAAUACAGGUUGAGUCUUUCUAGUCCAGCACUUUCUGGUCUGGCAACAUCUGUGGUCUGACAUGUUUUCAGUUAGCCAGAUGUUCACUUAUCAUGGGUGUGGCCAAGCAUCCCCCAGUCUCAAUAAAGUUUGUUUAUAGCCACUAGUCCUGGCUCUGUGUUCUGUGCUGGUAUUUAGCUAUAAUUGGCCAAAAAAUGUCUAAGAGCCCAAUAAGCAGUGAAAGGGUCGGUAAUGCUGCUAGACAAUAUUGACCUCCCGUGCUUCGGCAAAUUCUCUGGUUCAGCAUUGGUCAGGUCCCAAGGUGUCGAACUAGAAAGGUUCAACCUGAUCUCUUCUUGCAUUUUUUUACUUCCCUUCCCUUAAGAACAUUAUUAAAAUGGUAUCUGAAAACUCCUGUAAGUGGUAACAUAACCAUUUACAAUAAGGAAACUGUUUAGAACAUACAUCUUAGUAUCUUUACAGUUCAGCCUUUUGGGACUUACUUGGUAAACCCAGUUCAUGCCAAACACUAAAUUAAAAUGGAAUCCUCAUUUAUUCUCUGAAGCAUAAUGUGUCCCAUCACGUGAUACCUCAUUUGAUACAAACUGAGUGCCCAGUAUUUAUCUGUUGCUACUUCAAUAUAAUUUCUUCUGAAAAAACUUGAAAAGCAACAAAUAGUCUUGCAGUACCUUAAAAACUAACUAAACCUGUAGAUGGUAUCAUGAGCUUUCAUGGGUACAACCCACUUCUUCAGAUGAGUACUUCCAGGGGUUGUCUGGAUACUGAGCAUCAUUUAAAAGCGCCCUCUCCUAGUUGGCUAGCAACUGACCCUACUGGAAUGUUUGAGAGUGCUGUAGACCAGUGUUUCUCAACCAAUGGUAUGAGUACCCUUUGGCUAUGUCUACACUACCCCCAUUUUGCGCAAAAAUAUGCAAAUGAGGAAAAGUGUGGA